UGGAUUUGAAAUUGUAAUAUAGUUUGGUAUAAUGAAUAGCAGAAUGGGAUGGAAUUGGAGAGCCUGUAUAGUAGUGUGUACUUGGUGGGUCUUUCUUGUAUCAGCUCAGGAAGAAAUAAAAGCACUGAGUAGAAGAGAGUUUCCCAGUGGAUUCAUAUUCGGUACAGCCUCUGCUUCAUAUCAGUAUGAAGGAGCUGCAAUGGAAGGAGGAAGAGGCCCAAGCAUUUGGGAUACUUAUUCUCAUAUCCAAGGAAAAAUUGCUGAUGGGAGCAAUGGAGAUGUUGCUGUGGAUGAAUACCAUCGCUAUAAGGAGGAUGUGAAACUAAUGAAGGACAUGGGGUUGGAUGCAUAUAGGUUUUCCAUUUCCUGGUCACGGAUAUUACCAUAUGGCACAAUCAAAGGUGGAAUUAACAAAGUUGGAGUGGCCUACUACAAUGACCUUAUCAAUGAACUCUUAAAACAUGAUAUCAAGCCUUUUGUGACACUCUUUCAUUGGGACCUUCCACAAACUCUGGAGGAUAGCUAUGGAGGCUUUCUCAGCGAAAAAAUUGUGAAAGAUUUUGAAGCUUACAGUGAAUUGUGCUUUCAAGAGUUUGGUGAUCGAGUGAAGCACUGGAUUACUCUAAACGAGCCUCAUUCCUAUGCUACUGGAGGAUAUGAAACUGGCACAUUGGCUCCCGGCCGCCAUUCCUCUUCUGAUGGAAAUUCAAGCACAGGAAAUUCUGCAACAGAGCCAUAUAUUGUGGCACAUAAUCUUCUUCUUUCCCAUGCAGCUGCUGUGCGUGUAUACAAGAGCAAAUAUCAGGCGAAACAGAAGGGAUUGAUUGGAAUUACAUUAAUAAGCCACUGGUUCAUUCCCUAUUCAAAAUCACAUUCUGAUCAGAAAGCCGCCCAAAGGGCCUUAGAUUUUAUGUUUGGUUGGUAUAUGGAUCCUAUUACAAAAGGGAAAUACCCAUCAAUAAUGAGAAAACUUGUUGGCAAGCGUUUGCCCGAAUUCAGUGCCCAUCAAUCUGCUAUUUUGAAAGGUUCAUUUGAUUUUCUGGGCUUAAAUUAUUACACAAGCCGCUACGCCAUGGAUGUUCCAGUGCCACCGAAUCUCAUUAACACCACCUAUACAUUGGACUCUCGAGCUAAUCUAACAAGUGAGAGAAAUGGAAUGCUCAUUGGACCAGUGGCAGGAUCGAGCUGGCUCUACGUAUAUCCACGUGGGAUAGGAGAGCUGUUGAACUACGUAAAACAUAGAUAUGACAAUCCACUCAUUUUCAUUACUGAAAAUGGUAUUGAUGAAAAGAAUGAUGAUACAUUAUCAUUGACACAAGCACUUAAUGAUCCUUGGCGAAUCGACUAUUAUUCAAAGCAUUUAUUAUUUAUUCAACAAGCUAUAAGGGGUGGAUCCAACAUACAAGGCUACUUUGCAUGGUCUUUGUUAGACAACUUCGAGUGGGGAAAUGGCUAUACAGUUCGUUUUGGUCUUCAUUACAUAGAUUAUAAGAAUAAUUUAAAUCGAUAUCCAAAAGCAUCAGUCUAUUGGUUUCGUAGAUUCCUGAAAUAAAGUAUUAGAAGGUUUAUCCUUGAUUAUAAGAAUAAUAUAAAUCAAUAGACAAAUUACAUAAGUCUAUUGGUUUCGUAGAUUCUUGAAAUAAAGUUCUACAUAGUUUAUCUUUUGUAAAUCAAUAAUAACAUGACUUUCUACUUUAAAGAAAAUA